UUUUAGCAAUUGCUGCUUUCUUUCAACUUGGAUUGAUGGUGAACACACGAAAUAAUGCUUAAACCUGUUCGUAGAUGGCCUAGUACAGCUCACCGAAUACCCCUCAGGUGGAAGUUUAUCCCUCGGACUAGAAAUUUACAUUCAGGACGAGACCUUUUGUCAGAGUUGAGUGCCCGCCAACUCAUUGCUGAUGUGACGCGCCCAGAUGAUUUCGCUAAGCAUUUGCAGAAAACACGCACCAUCUAUGCUGGGAUUGACCCAACGGCAAAGUCUUUACAUGCGGGUCAUCUUAUCCCGCUUCUCUGUCUGUUGCAUUUCCGCAUGAGAGGGCAUAACACGCUAGCACUUAUAGGUGGAGCGACGGGGCUUGUCGGAGAUCCCUCUGGCCGUAUGAUAGAACGCUCACUGUCCGAAAAGGCUCAAAUCGAAUCCAACACUGUCAAACUCACCCAUUCUAUUCAGCAAUUUUUCUCUCGCGCGACAGAGUAUGCCCUCGAUAAGGCUCCCUCCCUGGCCACUUUUUCUCAACUUCAGGUCGUCAAUAACGUAGACUGGCUAAAGGAAUUGAAUCUUCUCGAUUUCUUGCGGAGUACCGGCAUUCAUUUCCGCGUGAAUCAUAUGCUGGCAAGGGAUAGUGUAAAAUUGCGAAUGAGUGCACACAAUGGCAUCACGUUCACCGAGUUCACAUACCAGCUUCUCCAAGGUUACGACUUCUACGAACUUUUUCGCACGAUGGGAUGUACUAUUCAAGUGGGUGGAUCAGAUCAGUGGGGGAAUAUUCUUUCCGGCAUCGACCUCAUAAACAAAGCCCAAGGAGAUUGUGCUGGAUACAAUGAGGGAUGUUUUGCACUGACCACACCAUUGCUAACAACCUCACAAGGCGAGAAGUUUGGAAAGAGCGCGGGGAACGCUGUAUGGCUUGAUGAAAAACUCACAAGUUACUUAGACUUCUAUCAGUUCUUCCUUCGUACAACGGACGCUGAUGUUGAGAAGUACCUCAAGAUGUUUACUCUACUUCAUGUCGAAGAAAUAGACGCUGUUGUGCGAGAACAUGAAAUUCAGCCUGAACGCCGAUUAGCGCAGAAACUUCUUGCCAAAGAAGUCACAUUGAUGAUACAUGGAAAGGAAGGUCUAGAGGCUGCUCGGGUAGCAACCAACGUCCUUUUUGGAACAGACUACUCAACUCUGCACGCGAAUGAUAUCGUGAAAUCCCUUGCAAAUGACCCACGGCUAGUUCUCUGUACGGAGGACGAGUUGCUCGGAAUCACGCUCCCAAACAUUGCUGCUAAGUUUGGACUUACCUCAUCAAAGUCGGCAGCACGACAACUUGCCCUCGGGAAUGGUUUAUAUUUGAAUAACGUAUCUCAGCCAGACGUGCACUUCAAGCUUGAGAGGAGUCACCUGAUCGAUGGACAGGUGGCGAUUUUACGUGCCGGAAAGGACACACAUUUGAUUCUAGCACUGCGUUGAACACCUCUGGCACCGCUACUGUAAUCGUAACGCCGCGUACGCGCCAAUUCCUGACGACGCCCGACACCGUUUUGGUUCAACUUAAGCU